UUGCUUUUACUAUUAAUUUUGUUUAUACGUUGCUGGUAUUAAUAAUGUUAAAAUUAUAAUUUUCAAACUUUACCUAUCAUUUUUGUAACUAACAACACUGAUUUUGCUAUUGCGUCAUGCAUUGUCGCGAAAGACAGGUCUGUGGAUUUUUUAUUGUAGGAUUGGAUUCUAAAUUCAAAAACGUGGUACUGUGCAUUGUGUGAACGGUGUAAUGGGAUAAAAAAUGAGGAGGGUAGACCGUAUAUUUGGAGCGCUGGUCGAUACGACUCCAAAAACUAUUUGUAACGACAAAAAUGGUGAGAAUAGCGAUUCUAAAUUAUUUGCAAGUAAGGCAUGCUAUGACAAGAAUGAAAAAAAUGAUGAAAAUAGGCAUAAAAGUUAUCUUGAUAUGCAGGCUGAGAAAGUUUUGGAACGCAAACAGGAUCAAAUAACUAGUGAAAAUGUGACUAAACAUUCUAAGCAACCGGUGUUAGAACUACUAACCAGCAACAUUGAAAUUAAUGAUAUGAUGAUGAUAGAUUCGCCAUUGGCACCACUGUUUUCACCACUGACCCCAUUAAUAAAUAGGAAGGAUGAUAAACACAGAAACCAAAGUUCUGUUGAUAUGCAAACUGAGAAAGCUAUGGAACGCAAACAGGGUCACAUAACUAGUGAAAAUGUGACUAAGCAUUCUAAGCAACCGGUGUUAGAACUAACCAGCAAUAUUCAAAUGAAUGAUAUGAUGCUGAUAGAUUCGCCAUUGGCACCACUUUAUUCACCACUGACCCCAUUGAUCAAUAGAAUGGAUGAUGAGCACAGAGACCAAAGUAGAAAGGAAAACUCAUCGCCACUGCAUCCUAUGUCACCUGACACUUUAAAUCUACUGACAACAUUUCGUGAAGCAUUGAAUGAAGACUUAGAUAAGAGCUACGAAGAAGAAGACAGUUUUACAGGAGUUAAAAAAUUGGAUAGCCAACCGAAUAAUGAGCUCAACCAGUCAAAAAAUGCACAGGUGAUGGUAACUGAUUUCAGCAGUGAUACAGACUCUGACUAUGUACCAGAUAGUAACGAAGAUUCAGAUUCGGAAAAAGAAAAACCUUGCUUUCGGCCAGCUCAGGCGAUAAUUAAUAACUUAAUUGAGCAUUCUACGCAAGAAACAGAAAAUGAGGAAAUUACUUACAAUAAUGAAAAUGUGGAGUCGAUAUCAGGAAAUCUAGCAAUGGAAGCAAAUGAUACAAUAUCGACAUUGCGUGAAGGGGAAAGUCAAUUAGUUACUGCAAAUACUCUUGUGGAUAUCUCCUAUACGAAGAGGCAAAUUGUAUCAGAUGAUGAAAUCGAGCCUUAUGAAGAUGUAGAAGCUAUAAAUGAGCAACCAAACACACCCGGAUCUACCUCAGGCCGACCAAAAAGGGGUCGCAAACGAAAAUAUCAUGAACAUACUUUAGCUCAAUCGAAGCAAAGAAAAUAUUGCAAUUUACCGUAUAAUUCUAAAACCAAAUUUGUAGCACCAAGGAAUUUCGUUGAUUAUGAUUGUAAAUGCGGAAAAGUAUGUCCACAUAAGGUUUCAAAACAAAAAAGGCUCAAGGAAUUUGAGAAAUUUGUCACUUUAGGUUCGUAUGAAGCUCAACUACUAUAUAUUGUAAGUUGUGUAACAGAGACUCCAAAAAAAAGGGCUUACACAAAGGUAAAAGAAAACAAAACGGGCAAAAAAAGACCAAAAACCUUUACUAGAAAAUAUACGAUUUGUGACAUCGAAGUUUGCAGAAACAUGUUCAUUAAAACAUUUCAAGUGUCGCCUGAAAAAAUUGAUGUGGCAUUAAAAAAAACACGUAAUGGUAGUAUUUUGAAAGAUCUCCGAGGUCAGUCACGCGGUGGAUGGAAUAAAACAAGCGAUGAAGAUAUCGAAAUUAUCAGAAAUACAAUUGAUUCCAUACCUAAAUAUGAAUCUCACUACAGGCGAGAGCAAGUUAAUGGCGUUAAGUACUUAAAGCUUGGAACUACACUUCAAGUUAUGUAUGAUUUGUAUUUAGAGAAGUUGAAGCUCGAAUUCGGUGAAGAUAAGAAACCGGUGUCGUUAUCAACACUGAAGCGUACCUUUCUUGAUAAUUAUAAUUUACGUCUCAAAAGCCUGAAAAAAGAUACGUGUAACAGAUGUGACAAAUUGACAAAUAAGAUAAAAAAUACUGCUGUAACUGAAGAAGUAGAAAAACUGAUGGAAGAAAAAGAUAAACAUCUCAAACGUGCUGAAGAUCAAAGAUGCCGAAUGAAUGAAGAAUUAAAAAAAGCUAAGACUGAUGAGACUUUCGAGUGCCUGACUUUUGAUCUGGAAAAAACUCUUCCACUUCCAAGAAUACCGACCAAUAUCGUAUUCUAUAAAAGGCAGCUAUGGUUGUACAAUUGUGGAAUACACGCCGGUUCUAACGAUUGUGGACAUUGUUAUACAUGGGUUGAAGGAGAAGCUGGACGAGGUGCCCAAGAAGUGAGUUCAUGUUUGAUUCAUUUCAUUAGAAAUAAACUGGAUCCUAAGGUAGAGCACCUAUCCUUAUGGAGCGAUUGUUGUGGUGGACAAAACCGUAACAUAAAAAUCGUUCUCAUGUUAAAGGGAAUCCUACAUUCCCAUGCAACCUUAAAGACUAUAACUCUCAAUUAUCUUGAAUCAGGCCACACUUUCUUGCCCAAUGAUACAGAUUUUUCGAAAAUCGAAACUCAACUCAAACAUCACGAAAGAAUCUACACUGCAGAUGAGUAUAUAAAAGUUAUGAAGAAUUGCAAGAAGAAGAACCCAUUACAGGUUUACAAAAUGAAAAAAGAAGAUUUUUUGAGCUCUAAGAAUCUUGAGAAAAAGAUAGUAAACAGAAAAACUUUUGUGAAUAAAGAAAAAACUAAUUGGCUGAUUACGAAUGGAAUUUUAUUGAAGAAGGACGAUGAGGCUAUUGUUUUUAUGAAAACGAUCAUAAAUGACGAGUUUCAAGAGCUAAACAUUGAGAAAAAGAUAAAACGUAGGCCUCUAGCCAUCUCUGAAACUGAUUUUUCACUAUUGUGGCCUAAUGGAAAGGAAAUACCUCAAGCAAAGUUGGAUGAUUUAAGAUCGAUGUUCGAUCUUAUCCCAAGGGACUGCCUACCGUUUUACUAUUCCCUUCGAGGAAAUUCCACGUUUGAAGAAGACAUAGAAGGCUAUGCAGGGCCUGUUGACUUUGAAACUGAAGAUCCUGAAGUAGAAUGCAUAGUACCUAAUAUAGAUACCGAUUAA